AUGAAUUUAUCAACAUCUGAAGAAUGUGAAAAGGGUACUGAAAUACGCUAUCCAUACGAAUUUGCAUGUCAUGUUGAUAUUUUCGGUUCUUCUUAUGGUUUGCUGUGCAUUCUUGUUGGUGAUCAGUAUUUUGAUGAUCAUAUCAUUUGUAUUUGGAAUCCAACAACUAAAGAAUAUAAGAGAGUACCCAAAUCGCCAAAUAACCAGUUUCCAUAUGAUUUAAUAAUCGAUAAACAUAGAGUUAUAUAUGGGUUUUGUUAUGAUUGUAAGAUUGGUGAUUUUAAGUUGAUUAAAGCCGUGGGUUUUGUUGGAGUCACUAGUAGGUGUGGGGUUCAGCUUUAUAAUCUUGGAUCAAACUCAUGGAAUAACACUUAUCAAUUCAUACCUUACUGUUUUCAGUGGUAUAUUAGACGUUCGAGAAUUACCGUUCAUGGAUCUCUUCACUGGUUAGGCAGGCCAGGAGUUGAAAGUAUGCAAAUGCAAAGAGUCCCUGAUGUUAUUGUUUCUUUUGGUAUUUGUGAAGAAAGAUUUCACGAUUUGACAUUACCAGCGGCCGUGGAAAAUGAUGGUGUAGUAAAAAAAACAGCUACUUGGAGCAUUAGAUGGAAUGGUGAAAUUCUGUUGGCAAAUUAUGAUCAUAGUUUCAUCUUAUAUAAUCCAAGAAGUGAUAGAGCUAAAAAGGUGACGAUUCCUGGUAUUUAUGGAUCGUGCGUAGCAGAGAGCUAUGUAACGAGCUUAUUUUUACCCAGCUCAUGUACUUAUGUUGGACAAGAUGACAGAAUUGAGGAAAAGACAUCUAGAUUUUAA